CUGCUUAUUUCGCAAAUUGUUGGAGAUACGUCGGAGCCGUCGGAGACGCUGCCACGGAUGCAAAUUAGGGAUAUUCUGGAAUAAGUUUUUGCAGUUGUGUGUUUGUUGUUUGCAGGUUGAUGUAGUGUCUGAUCAAUUCAGUGAGACGUAUAAAAAUUAAAAGAUCUACUGUCUGGGAGCAGAGCAGCUUUUCAGAGUGAGAUGUGAUGGUGUUUAGGACGGGGAUCACUCCCAAGAGCUCGGACAUGCUGCCAGCCACGCCCAAGAUGCCGCCGGAUAGCACCUGCCUGCUCUGCUGUUCUGCUCUGAAGAAGUCGGUGCCCGGCAACAUAGCUGUGUUCAAGCAGCAGCUCUCCUUCACGCAGAGACAGGCCAUUGAUGUACUCGUCGAAGUCCUCAACACUAAGGAGUCCGCCCUCACGCGCUCCCGCUGGAUGUGCGCCCACUGCUACGCCCAGCUGGAGCUGCUGGACAAGUAUGAGCGCGACCGGCGCCAGCUAGAGCAGAAGGCCGCCACCAUCCAGGGCGAGCUGGUCAACACAUUCCGCUACACGACCAGCCCCGCCUCGGCGGGCUCUCCACCGCAGCCGGCCGCGCCGUCCUCCGGGACCCCCGUCUCGUCGUCGGUGGUUGCCGUCUCGUCCGCCGUCUCGUCGUCCACCAUUGUGCUCGCUCCCGUCUCCAGCUUUGUCGUGGCUACGACGACCGCUACCGAUCCGCUAUUCACGUCGGGACCGAACUCUAUCAUCCCCACCUCUGUGCCGUCAUCGACUGCGGCUGACGACGACGAUGAUGACGAACCCCUCUCGAAGCGACGGCGGCGUAUAGUGAAAUCCGAGGUGAUAGACAGUGAGCGUGAGGACGUAGACGACGUCCACGGUGAUGACGAUCUGAGAAACGGAAACGACUCGGAAAACGAGUCUGAUUACGUUGAGGUGAACGUGGCGAGUAUCGCAGCCGGCGCGACGACUCCGUUCCGUAUCGGCUCGGAGAACGGUGAUGUCCAUGAGGACUGUGAGGAUGAGGACGACCCGGGGGCCGAUGAGGACGAUCCGACGGCAGAGGAGGACGGCCCGUCGGACCCCGAGGACGAGCUCUAUCCGCUGGCCGGAGAGCUGGUGGACGUCAAACAGGAGAUGGCCGGGUCGGACGGAGAGGAUGUGGAUCUGGAUGAGGAUGUUCCAGCCAGUGAUCCUCUAGCAGACUGCCUGGAUGAUGUCGAUGAUGGCAGCAAUGAGGCGGGCACUCCGAUUGUCAACGUGGCAGCGCUUCAGAAUACCUUACGGACCCGACUGAUGAGUCGCCUGCGGACGGGGGUCAGCUCAUCAUCGCCGGCAGCCACCCCGCCGUCCCGUCCCGAACCGAAACCGUUACCGGUGGCGUCCUCUGUUGUGGUCACGCGGCCUUCAACCACCGCCCAGUCGAUGCACGUGUCUGUGUGCGUGGUGCCGCCGCGAUCCUCCGGUUUGAAGACGCUGCUGCCCAAGCCGGGUCCAGGACAGCCACCGUCGUCCCUCUCCCCAGUGGCCGCCAGUAAGCCCAAGACACCAGCGGUGGUAGCCCAAUCAGCGUCCCUGCCGACACCCGUGAUCAGCGUGUCGCCUUCGACGGUGACGUCAGGAACGACGACCUCUCCCCAGCUGCCCGUGCUGCUGCAGGGCUCCGACGGAAAGCUGUACAUGCUGCCGACGGGCACACAGCCGGCGGUGUCGGCCUCUGGCGGCGCGCCCGGCGCCCCUGUCACCCUGCUCCGGCUGCCCGACGGUCGACUGGUGAUGCCCGGACCGGGCACUCAGGUGACGGGUGGCACGGUUCAGGCGCCCCUUAUGUCUGCCGUGCCGCAGCCGCCCAUCCUGCCCGCGGUCAAACCCUCUGUCGCCAACCCGAACACGCUGAAAACCCUGCUGAUGGGUAGUGGUGGUUCGCUGGCGGGCAGCGGCAGUCAGAAACCUCAGUCCAAGCAGAGGCAGGCGGGCCGGAAUUACGUGUUGCUACCGGACGCUCCGCAGCCGCCGGCCCGGCAGACCCGUGGUCCGAUCCUGGAAUCGAUCCUGCAGAGACCCGGUAGCGAACCGUGCCCGCUGUGUUCGCUCAUCUUUUCCACGACGGCUGAGGUGGACCAACACCUGCGUAACCACUCUAUGGUCUGCUCCGGCUGCGACCACCUGUUCGCGUCGCGCGUCGCGCUGUUCGAGCACCGACAGACGUGCGUGCCCGCGCGGCCGGCGCCGCUGCCCACCCCACCUCCGCUGCCCAGCGGCCGCUCGCGCUCGGCGUUCUGCUGUAACCUCUGCCCGGCUGUAGCGCCGGACACGGCCGCGCUUAACGAGCACGCCGCUCAGGCGCACGGCCUGCUGUACCGGUGUCCCAAGUGCGACUGUCGCACGGCCGAGCUGCUCCAGUACGCACACCACGUGCGCUCAGCGCACGCCAUCGACGUACCCCACCCGUGUAACCUCUGCCAGACGAGUUUCCUACGCAGCGAGCAGCGCGAGAUGCAUGUGCGGGAGCGGCACGGACCGCCUUCCAAACUGAGCGACCGACCGCACGUCAAGGAUCGCACCAUUGACGGCGUGCGGCUGCCCAAACAGAUGCUAACCGGGAAACCUCCAACGCCCCCGCCCCCGCCGGAGAGUAAAUCGACGGAGGACGGGGACAAGUCUGAUAAAAAGGGAGAGGAGAAAGAAGAUGAGGGGACACCGACGGAUGGAGACGAUGAGAACGCGGCAAACGGGAUGCUCAUCAUAAAAGAAGAGACAGAUAUGUUGUUAUGAUGCUGCGGAGGCGCCUCGGGACGCCGGCUUUAAACUGAGAGGCAAAGUAACGUUAUUUAUUAUCAUUACCUCGGCGAGGUCGUAUAUUACGGACGUUUCACACGUACCAGGUGAUGAAAACACCCAGGAUCGAUAUUGAAACUGCCAGUUCUAGCAUCGGAGUGUCCGGCCUAGGAAUCGUUAGAGACGUUGCUGUGUAUCAGGUAUCAGUCCUUUUUAGGCAUAGUCAGUUAAUUUGAACGAUGUCAAACAAGACUGGAAACAAACACUGGAAACUGUCCUUUUUCACCAAAUCGAAAUCCGCUACACGGAUGUCAGACCGAUUAUAGGAAUUAUGUAACGCGAAAAUGUCUGCUGUAUGAAACUUAAAGACAUCAAAAUAUCGCAUCGUUCAUACUAAAACGCAUCAUGCAUUGUGUGUAACAUAGUGUGCUUGUUGCGUGAAGCGUCGGCGAGCUGUCCGUUUGAAAACUGUUCUCUCAGUAUCACGCAGGGACUGUUGACGUACCACUAAUUGGUCUGAUACUGGUGCAUUCGGUUUAGCAGAAGCCAUUUGGCUGAUGUGAAAAUAGUUAUUAGCAUAUUGCAUCAACUUUCCUCUUCAUUUCCUGAUAGCUUCGUCGAAACGUUCUGUGUAGAACGUUUUCAAAUGCGCAGACUCGGUUGAAGCUUUGAUAUGUUAUUUGUUGUUGAGCCAAGGUUAUGUAUAACGGAUUUCUUUUCGUAUGUAUUGUGCUUUUGGGAGGUACAUACAUUGGCAUUUGCGAUGGGUACUAUUGAUGACUGUUUUGUAGUGUCUUUUUACUUUGUCUUGUACCCUCCGCUGUAAUUAUUCUGUACCAGUACAAAGUUGUACAGGCUUAAUGCCCUCAAGGUGGAUGCUUAUCGUUAUAAGUGUAUGUACAUUUGCCAUGGUCUUUGUUUUGUUUUAACCUACGGCGUAGUCUGUUGGAAUUUUACGUAGAAUGACAUAGAGGCAGGGGCGAGUGCGUUGUGUACAAUUCGGGGCGAAGUGAAUGCAUGAAUUUUGCAGCAAGGAAUGUCCUUUUCGGCGUGGUUUAGUCGAAUUUUCCCUCUCGUUGCUCGAUGGCUUGCCAGUUGGGUACGAGUGGGUGGGUGGAUGGUGCGCAACGCUCGCUCGCUCUGUCUUCAGGAAUGCUGGCGCUUCACUCUCUGUGUUGUGGAUCUCACAAAUGGCGGUUCUCUUGUGGUGUUGGCCUGCACGGUAUGCCAUAACCUUAGGUUUGAAGUGCGAUGAAUACACGGAUGACAUCUA